AUAAGUUAUAGAAUAUUUGUUGAUGACUUAUUGUAAUUUCUUUUACUCAACUGAGCUUGUAUGAAAAUGGACUGAAUUACGUAUCUAAAUACGGACAGGUCCCCUCUAAGAAGAAGAAGCAUGGGGUCAUUCUGACAAACAGACAAACAACAUUAUAAAUAAGGUCACAGUGCACCAUCCUGAUAGCAGAAAACAUCCCUGAUCUCUCAGCCAAGUUAUCCAAGAUGAGACUGACUCCACCACUUUUAAAGCACCAGAUAGUAAGGCCGUUCAAAAGAGCAUGGGCGGCCAAGUACCCAUACAAAGUGGCUGAUAAUAAAGGUUUACCUAAAGCACUGGUACUUAAAGGUAUUGAAAUCAAGGACCCCUAUAACAACGAGAGGACUUCAGAGAAAUUGGAACCUGUGGCUGUACCUGCCACAGUUGUUCCAACUAAGGGUCCGGAGGAGGACCUACCUGGCUACAACACUAAACCAGUGAUGGAAUUCACUGACACGACUCGCUUCAUUGAAGGUAUCAGACAAGCUCAGCAUCUGACCAAGUCGAUCGUCUACAACGGAAUGCCUGAGGGAGUGUCUAGCCUAAUGGAUAGGGUGGAGCAUUCUAACCAGAAUAAACUCCUGAAGCGGAUCAUCCUGCAGAGUCAGAAAUGGGACCCAGCCAAGGACAAACUUCCGAGGAGAAUCGAUAAGUCCUGUAUCAAGUGGAACUUCCAACGUGAAUACGGAAUUCCUAGGAGUAGGAGUAUUCACAUUCUCAAUACUAACCUGGUACGCCUGGCCAACAUUAUUGUCAAUGGACACUGCCCAGCUGCCAUCACAGACCGACAGCUUCAUGUCAAGCCCGCGUUUGAUUCGCAUUACACAUUUAUGGGUGAGGAAAUUGUACUGAAGGGUACGCCGAACUUCUUACUAACAGGGAGCUAUCCACUACCUCCGUUUUCUGAUGAGUCUACAGUUAGCAGCACCACUGAGGAGAUCUUACCAAACAUGUUCCCCAUCCUGCCAACCAUAGACUUCAAAUCAACACAUUUUUAUAACUUAACCAACAGCGUAGGUUUCUUGAGUAACACUGACCGUCAUCCACAUACAUUUGUUACGUCCAGCUGCGACUUUUGGAAAGACGAUUUCCGACAAGCCAGGUCUGUGAUGUUCUGUCUUGCCUACACUAUAGCUGAGGCAAGACUUAGAUUUGGGGAGGAUGUACAGACACUUCCAGAACCCAUCUGUAUACAGAGCGUCAGUGUCGGGGAAACCGGCAUAAACUUUGUGUUUUUCCAACUAAAUACACUGGACUUCAGUUCUGAAAGUGGAGUUAAAAACCAAGCAUGGCUUGAUACUGGAAACAAUUUGUACACAAAAAUUAUGUCACAACCUUGGAACGGCAGUGACUUUACCAAACAUCGGUACACAGACUUCAUAGAGACACCCUUCAGUAAACUCCUGGCCGCGAUGCAGUAUGGCCUACCCCCAUCAUAGGGGAUUGUGUGAUUGACAAAUUGAACUUUUUAAUAAAUGUAUGACAUACUC